AUGUACGUUCGACGCACCCGCUUCCGCCCGUCGCACUCCCUUCCGCGUGCAUGCACUCCCUUCCGCCCGUCGCACUCUCUUACGCCCAUCAAACUCCCUCCCGCCGUCGCCCUACUGCCCGUCGCUCUCCCUAGUGCUCGUCGCACUCACUUCCGUCGUCGCCCUCCCUUCCGCCCGUCACCUUCCCUUCCGCCCGUCGCCCUCCCUUCCGCCGUCGCCAUUCCUUCCGCCCGUCGCCCGUCGCCAUACCUUCCGCCCGUCGCCCUCCCUUCCGCCGUCGCCAUCCCUUCCGCCCGUCACCCUCCCUUCGUCUCGUCACCUUCCCUUCCUCCCAUUGCCCACCCGACCACCCGCCGCCAUACCUUCCCCUCGUCGCGCUCCUGUCCGCCCGUUGCCCCCCUUUGUCUCGUCGCGCUCCCUGCCGUUCAUCGCCCUCCCUCCCGCUCGUCCCCUCGCAAUCCCCUCAUGCCCCCUUUCCAACCCACACACACGGUGGCCCUUCCCCUAAUGAUCGCCUUUCACCUCCACACCGCUUACCUCUCUCCUUCCCCACACCAUUUCCAGGCUCCCCACCGUCCUUCGGAUAGCUCUCUCCCCGGCAUCUCCCCCGCUCCCCACGAAAUGCUUCCCCCCAUUCUCUUCACUGUUUCCCCUGGGCUUCCCGCACUGCUUUUCCAUGUCCCCUUCCCUGCUUCCCCCCAUCCCCUUCCCUGCUUCCCCCCAUCCCCUUCCCUGCUUCCCCGUAUUCCCUUCCCUGUUUCCCCAUGUCCCUUCCCCUGCUUUCCCCCAUCCCCUUCCCUGCUUCCCCCCAUCCCCUUCCCUGCUUCCCCAUGUCCCCGUCCCUGCUUCCCCCCACGCCCUUCUCUGCUUCCCCCCAUCCCCCUCCCUGCUUCCCCAUGUCCCUUAUCAUUCCUUUAA